AUGCAACUGAUUGCUAAUCAGCAAAAUAUAAUCAAUGUCUUUUACAGUUUUAUUUGCCAAACAUAUGCUGUUGAUAUUUCACAAAUAUUGGACAGUUUAGUAGACAAUACAACUUACAACAAACAGUUAAGGCCACAGUUUGGUGGAAAACCAACUGAAGUAACUGUUUCCAUUCGGGUAUCCACAAUUAGUUCCAUCUCUGAAGUUAAUAUGGAUUUUACUGUUGAUUUAUAUUUACGACAAAUGUGGAAUGAUCCAAGACUUGCAUUUUUUGAUAAAUAUGAGUUACCAAUUGAGGAAAUUCAACCAAUAACGGUUGGUUUAGAUUAUCUUUCUUUACUCUGGAGACCGGAUACAUUUUUUCCGAACGCUAAACAAACAAAUUAUCAUAGUGCAACAACGCGUAAUCUGUUUCUGCGGAUUGAUCCAAUUGGCAACGUUUUUACCAGUGAAAGGUUGACUGUCACAGCAGUAUGCCAAAUGGAUCUUCGUUUAUAUCCAAUGGAUACACAAAAAUGUAAAUUAGAAAUUGAAAGCUAUGGUUAUAGUAUCUUAGAUAUUAUCUAUUCACUUGAAAAAAGUACUAAUUCAAUUACUGUCGAAAGUUUUGAGCUACCUCAAUUUCAAUUUAUUGAAGCAAAAUCGUUAACAAAAAUUGAACAAACUGCAUCUGGUAAACACUCUCGACUUAUAUGCAUUUUUUUGCUGAAAAGAAAUGUUGGCUUUUAUGUGAUACAAAUAUAUUUGCCAUCAGUGCUAAUUGUCACCUUAUCUUGGGUAUCUUUUUGGCUUGAUCAAGAUGCAACUCCAGCUCGAGUAACACUUGGUGUACUUACUGUUUUAACGAUGACCACAUUGGUUACAACAUCCAAUUCCGGUAUGCCAAAAGUGUCAUAUUUCAAGAGUAUUGACAUCUUUUUGGGUUAG